UUCUUGGAAGAUCUUUCAAUGUUUCCAAAUGAACUGGGAGUUAUCCAUGUGCUGUAACCAAUCGUCUUAUCCAUACAAGUGUUGGAAAUCUUCAUCAAUUCAUCACGGACAGUAUAACCAUACUUCAAGCAAGCCUACCUUGACUAUUUCCUGGAACCAACUUGAACACCACUAUCAUGUUGAAACCCUAGGUAACUGCAUAUUUUUACCAUCUUUGUAUUUGCUAAUUACCUUUAUCUUCCUAUCCCUUAAAUAAGGUUAGGGUUGAGUUUAUUUUUACUUGGAUCUAUUUACUUAGGCUAUUUUUGAUUUUUGUUGCUUCAUCAUAGGUCAGAUUUUUGUAUGAAACAAGAAUAACUUGACAACCUAUUGUAAUUUUUUCAAUCAUGAAUGUUGUCAGAACAUAAUCUUUUCUUGUUCAUGAUGCAACUUACUAUUGCAGAAUCACUUAAUAUUAAAAUAUUGGUUACUUGGUAAAAUAUUGUACAUCACUUGCUUAGGCUAGUUAUUUGAUCAUCACAAUUUAUUAUUGACUUAGGAUUUUAAAACAAACAAGCAAUUUUAGGCUUGUUAUUUGAUCAUCACAAUUUAUUGACUUAGGAUUUUAAGACAAACAAGCAAUUUUUAUUGCAUCAAAUAUAUUUUGUUCAAUUACAAUAUUUUGUAAUCUACAAAUUCUAUAAAUAUUAAAUUCACAUUUUUAAUUCAAUUUCAGUAUUUUUCAAGCUCAUUAUUAUUGUAAUCUUAUGAUUAGUAUUCAAGUUCUUUGUAAGUGUGAAUUACCAUAGAUUCAGUGUAUCUUAACUGAAUUGUCCUUACUAAACUUCGAUGUUUAUCACUUAUAAAUUUUCCAUAUUAAACCUCAAUGGUUAUUGAUUUUGAACUGUUUCUAAUGAUUCUUGAUGUUUAUCAGCUAUCUUGAUUGUCUGUUUCUCCAUUUAAAUUUUUAUGUUUGCUGAACUUGACAAUUUGUUAUCAACUUUAAUUUUGUAUGACUAUUGAGCUACUUGUAUUCACUAUCAAAAAUUAUUGUUCUGCCAUUUCUAUUUCAAUACAUUUAUAUAUUGCUCACUUGGUAUUUUUUCUCCAAGAACCUAUUCAUGUUAGUAAUAAUUUUUCCGUCUUUUAUGAAACAAGACGGUGGUCCUCUUCAUUAAAAUUAUAUUGUAUCUGGGUCAAUGACCAAUAAGCAAAAUAUCUACAUCAUAUUGACCAGCCGCUCUAUACUGAGCCACUAGCUACCAGAAUUCGGACUCAGAAACAAUAUAAACUGGUGCUCCGAGCCGGAUUUCCUAUUAAUCUUGUAAUUUUGUUUCUUUUCAUGUGUACUCAAUCGCCCAUGUACCUUGUAACCUGGACUGAGGGUUGCUGUGGACGAGGGGUUGCCAAUGAGACGUACCAUUCAGUGGCCAAGCUGUCCAUACCAUGUAUCAGUUGGACAAGUUGCGCGACCAUACACAAGCCAGCAUCAAUCACAAUUACAUCACAACCACAGCACAGGUGUCAGUGAAAGUGCAGUGAUAAUCUCAGUGAAGGUCGUAUGAAAAUUUUCUUUUGUUAUCAAUACCUUUUUUGUAACAAUGGCUACAUCCCCUCCUCCCAGUGACUCACGUUCAGUGUCCCCAGAUUUAGGGUCUGAGCAUUCUGCUCUUAUCAGUUCUAGGAACAAUUUACUAGAAGAAGCCAACUGGUUCUUCACAGAGUAUCCAAAUUUUAUUGUAAAUGAUGAAGCAACAUAUUAUCACUUACUUACCAUUAAAAAUGAAGUUGAUCUCCUCAGAGAUAAAUACAAGAAAAUUCAUGAACAAAUACAACACAAAAAUGUAUCAUUUGACAAGGAAUCACACUUUGAAACAAUUACAAGGUUCAUAUUAUUCAUUUCUAAAGCAAAUGCUGCAUUGAAAGCUUUUGAGGCUAAAAUAACUAACACUCGAAAUGAUCUUAUUUCACAACAAUCAGUACAACCUGCUACUACUGCAUCACAGCAUGCAAAUUUUAAUUUGCCCCAAAUUCCUCUCCCUCAUUUUGAUGGAAACUUCUCAAAAUGGCAGGCAUUCUCCAGUGCAUUUAUGCACAUAAUAGGUAGUCAGGAGCAAAUUAGUAGCACAUUGAAAUUUUUCUAUUUACGGCAAACAUUGAGUGGUGAAGCUCUAGCAAGAGUGGAACAUAUUGAUGUCAAUGAAAAAGGGUUUGAAGUAGCCUGGAAAUUGCUCGAAGAGCGAUAUGACAAUAAACGACUCAUUGCAACAAACCACAUCACUGCCAUUGAGUCUCCACCUGCAGUUAAGCGCAACUGUGCACAGUCAUUGCGUGCAUUCAUUGACUUUUGUAAAUCACAUAUUGCUGCCCUUCAGGCACUUGAACUUAAGAAUCUCACUGAUUUAUUGUAUAUGCAUAAAAUGUUGUUGCAAUUGGACUCUAACACUGUUAAGGAAUGGGAGAAAUCAGUUCCUAUUGACAGUAUUCCAACAAUUGAGAAGUUUUGGAAUUUCUUGGAAUCACAAUGUAAAGUUAUGGAUGCAGUUGCAUCCAGUGCUAACAAUUCAACAACUAUUCACUCUAGUAAUGCAACUAAUUUUGCUUCCAAGCAAUCAAAAGUUAAUCACUUUCAAUCAAGUAAUCAAAAUAAUGUAAAAAUGUUUCAUAAUUUGACAACCAAUUGUACUUUCUGUAGAGGCUCAAAUCACAUGGCCUACAAAUGUAAUGAAUUGCUCAAAUUACAGCCUUCUGACCGUUGGAAUGCUGUCAAAAGCAAAAACCUUUGCUUCAAUUGUCUCAAACCACAUGUUCCUAAUCAUGGUUGUUCUACAAAAUCUUGUUUUCAUUGUGGUAAGGCACACCACUCUAUUCUGCAUUCACUAGGUUCGGGACAGAAUCAACAAAAAGGUAAAGAAGUUACUUCUAACAAUAUUCAUUCGUCAGUGAAAAAAUCAUCAGUUGAAAAUUCCAUUAUUGACAAUCAUUCAAAGGCUUCAUCUUCAUCUGUUGCAGUCCUUCCUCAAUUAAAUGAGAGGAGCAUGGUUUCAUCAGAUAAUAAUGUACAUUCAAAUGUUGCAUCCUCAGUUUGUCUAUUUCAGCAAGCUAGUGUUUCUCUUCUUCCUACAGCUCAAGUUUUUGUUGAGGACUCACAAGGAAAUUUGAUUAAAUGUGUUGCAUUGCUAGACAGUGGCUCGGAUUGCAACCUUAUCUCACAACAUUUGGCUGAUAAGCUUGCAUUACCAGCGGUCAGUACUGAAACGACUAUUCAUUCUAUUGGUGGCAACCAAUCGAAGUCAACUUAUGUUCUUUCAAUUCUUGUCAAAUCUACAGACCAACAAUGGUCCACUGAAGAAUCUUGUAUUGUCAUUGAUAAAGUUCCAUCUUCCUUUUCAAAUUCCAGAAUUGAAAUAGAAAAACUUGAAAUUCCAUCACAUAUUUCACUGGCUGAUCCUAACUUUUUCAAGGCUAAAAACAUUGAUCUUCUUCUCGGCGCUGGCGUUUUUGCUUCAGUCUUGUCAGCAGGACAGAUUGUCAUUUCCAAAGAUGCACCCAUUCUCCAGAGCACAAGGUUGGGUUGGAUUAUUUUUGGCUCUUGCAAGGUACCCAGCUCAUCUGUUCCAAAUUCUCAUGUAUCCAAUUUUUUGUCAACAGUUUCAUCAAACACUCCUUGCCAACUUGAAAAAUUCUGGGCUCUCGAAAGUGUAAUUGCGGAGAUUCCACCACCUGAUGAUAUUGUUUUCUCAGAAAAGCAUUAUGAAGAGCACACUCAUCGUCAGGAGGAUGGUAGAUUCAUUGUAUCACUCCCUAAAAAGGAAUCAUUUCAUACUCUGGGUGAGUCCAAGUUUCAAGCACUUAAACGAUUCAAAUCUCUGGAACAAAGAUUAGCAAGGAAUAAUGAAUUGAAAUCUCAAUAUGUGGCCUUCAUGGAAGAAUACAAGGAACUACAACACAUGACUAAAGUUGAUGAGCCCACAGAGAAUCAAGCGGUGUACUACAUCCCACAUCACCCUGUCUUUAAACUUGAUUCUACUACUACAAAACUUCGAGUAGUUUUUGAUUGUUCUGCCAAAACUUCUACUGGAGUUUCCUUAAAUGAUGUUCUUCACAUAGGGCAUACUGUUCAGCCAGAGCUCUUUGAAACUGUUCUGCGCUUUCGUACUCAUCUUAUUGCCUUUGCAGCUGAUAUUGCAAAAAUGUAUAGGCAGAUUCUCCUAGAUCCAGCUGAUCGUGAUCUACACCGCAUAUUCUGGCGUGAUGACAUCAAUAAACCAGUAGAACAAUAUCGCCUUAAUACUGUGACUUAUGGUUCUGGUCCUGCAGCAUUCUUGGCAACGCGCACACUAAUUCAACUUGCUGAUAUGGAAGCAAGGGAUGAUAUCUCAGUGUCUCAAGUCAUCAAAAACGACUUCUACGUGGAUGAUUUAUUAUCUGGCUGUAAUACUCUUGAGCAGGCAGUUACUGUGUCAAAAAAUUUGAUCAGCACUCUUGAAAAGGGUGGUUUUCAACUUCGAAAAUGGAUGUCCAAUUCUACAGAUCUUCUCAGUACUAUUCCAUCACAUCUUCUAGAGACAUCAUCUACUAAAGCAGUUGCCAACAGUAAUGAUACUGUUGCAAAGGCCCUAGGCCUUAUUUGGAAUUCCACUUCUGACAUGCUAUCAAUUUCAUCAAGUGUUGGAGAGAUCUCACACAAAACAACUUUCACUAAACGGGAAUUUCUUUCCUGCAUUGCGUCAAUAUUUGAUCCAUUAGGUUUAAUAUCGCCUAUCGUCAUUGCUCCUAAAAUUCUUUUCCAAGAAUUAUGGUUAGCCCGUAUAGGCUGGGAUGAUUCAUUACCCCCAGGUCUAUUGAGUAAAUGGUUGAAAAUCCUUCAAGAGCUGCAUUCUAUCUCUAAUAUUAAUAUUCCACGUUGUGUAAUCAGUGCUGAUACUGAUUCUACCUUUGAAUUGCAUGGCUUCUCUGACGCCAGCCUCAAGGCAUAUGGAGCUUGUAUAUACGUUCGUUCUGUAUCAAGUAAUGGAAUAAAGGUCCACCUACUAUGCUCAAAAUCUCGUGUAGCACCUCUUAAGGCAUUGUCCAUUCCCAAACUGGAAUUAUGCGCUGCACAUUUAUUGUCUCGGCUAAUCAACAAGGUAUUGAAUGCUAUUAAGUUACCAAUCUCCAAUGUCUUCCUAUGGUCUGACUCGCAAACUGUGUGUGAUUGGAUCAAAACACCUCCUGAUAGGAAAAAUGUCUUUUGUUCUACUCGUAUUUUUGAAAUUCAAGAGUCUACCUCAUCAUUUCAUUGGAAUCAUGUUCGCACAUCCAAUAAUCCUUCUGACCUCAUCUCAAGAGGUUGCUCUCCACUUGAAUUAAUGAAUUGCAAACUGUGGUGGUCAGGUCCAUCAUGGUUAUCAUCUUCAAGGGAGUCAUGGGACUCAUUUUCAUCAAAUGUAUUAUUGUCCGAAUCUACUCGUGUUUCUUUAGUUAUUAAUUCUAAUCAAUCUGUAUUGUCUAAUUUAUUUGUAAGGUGCUCUAAUUAUCAUAAAAUGGUUCGCUCUGCUGCAUAUGUAUUACGCUAUCUUCAUAAUUUGCAGCAUCCUGAUGAUAGGAAAAAUGAAUUUUUAUCAGUAGAUGAAAUCAACAAUGCUGAAAUUUGUUUAAUCAAGGCUGUACAGGCUGAUGCCUUUUCCUCUGAUUUGAAGGAGCUGAAUUCCAACAGUGAGCUUAGCCCAAACAGUACAUUACAUCCAUUCACUCCUUUUAUUGAUAAUCAGGGUGUGUUGAGGGUUGGAGGUCGUUUGGAAUUGACUAACUUACCUUAUGACACAAAACAUCAGAUCAUCUUACCCAAUAAACAUAAGUUCACAUAUGCAUUGAUUGUAGCAUAUCAUCGUCGUUCAAGGCAUGCUGGUGUCCAAUCAACUAUGGCUAGUCUUCGCCAACGAUACUGGAUCAUUUCUACUCGUCGAACCAUCAAAAGAGUUCUCAAGACAUGUAAAAUGUGUUUCCAAUUUUCCACUAUCAGAUCUGAGCAAAUAAUGGGGCAACUCCCACAUUUGCGCACAAAAAUUGACUUCCCAUUCUAUACUUGUGGUAUUGAUUAUGCAGGUCCUAUCUCAAUCCGUUUGGGAGGGCCUAAAUCAAAAACUUUCAGCAAAGCUUACUUAGCUCUGUUUAUAUGUAUGGUAACUCGAGCCAUACAUGUAGAAAUUGUUUCUGAACUCUCAUCAAAUGCAUUCAUUGCUGCAUUGAUUCGAUUUGUAGCACGUCGUGGCAUUCCGCACCAUUUCAUCAGAUAAUGCUACCACGUUCCAUGGUGCUAACAAUGAUUUGAAGGAAUUAUUCCAGCUAUUGUCUUCAUCAAAUUUUCAGAAUGAUAUUCAUGGUGUUACAUCUUCAUUGAAUAUUCGGUGGUAUUUUAUCCCACCCCGAGCUCCACAUUUCGGUGGAAUUUGGGAAAAUGCCAUAAAAAAUUUCAAGCACACAUUGCGUAAGACUACUUUCAAAAGGACAUUGAAUUUUGAAGAGUUAUCUACAUUUGCAGCACAAACUGAAGCUAUUAUGAAUUCCAGACCUCUGGUACCUCUUACAGAGGAUCACAAUGAUUUUUCUUACUUGUCUCCUGGGCAUUUUUUGGUAGGUCGUCCAUUAACUGCCUUACCAUUCACUCAACCAGUCACCAAACAUGUAGACCAUGUUUCUCGUUGGCGCCACCUAGCAGCUACAACACAAUUGUUUUGGAAUAGGUGGUCCCAGGAAUACCUAAUUACUCUGCAGAAAAAACAGAAAUGGACCUCCUCCUCAGAAAAUGUCAAGGUCAAUACCAUUGUAAUUUUGAAAGAUCUUGGCACACCACCAUCAGUUUGGAGGUUGGCCAGAAUCCUUGAGGUACAUCCUGGUGCGGAUAAUAAAGUCCGAGUUGUCACACUUCUCACACCUACAGGCAUCUUAACACGUGCUAUUUCUAGUAUUGUACCUUUGCCUCAUGACAAUGAGAUUGAAAAUGUAUCUACUCAUUAAUUUUAUUAUUGGUUUAAUUUACUCUUAGGUUUAUGUAUUGUUGUAGUCAUUUAUCAUUUUUCUAAUGGGCCCGGCAUUGGUACUUGUCUUGUUUGGUUCUAUGGGUGUGAAACAUGGAUUUGGUGUCUUGUUGUUUUUUGGGAUUUACGUUUCCCCAGCUUCAAAUCAUCCUUUUCAUCAUUGACUUAGCUUGCUCAUUCAACAUAUUUUCUUUCUUUCUUAUUAUGCCAUCCUGCAGAUGACAUAAUGGGCCCGGCUUAUGUUGAAUUUCACAUCCAAUUCAAUGAUUGAAAUCAUUAGUUCCUUCUUUGCCGCCUGGAGCGCUCAUUUCUUCUGCUCACAUUUCGUCUUCUCUCCAGCAGCUGCUGCGCUCUGGUGACUGCCUUUCAAAGCUGGCCAUUCUCUACCCAGCCUAUGAUUUGCACUUUUGUAAUGGCGUCUAGCGUUUUUUCCUCGUCAUGUCGAAGGCUUGUUUCGUUUGAUCUUUUCAAGUUUUUCUGGUGAAAACUUUGCUCAGUGCAAUGGGAUAAUUCUGUUCCUAUUUCUUCAUUCUUGUGAGUUGGUGGGCGCGCGCGCGUAACAAAUUGAUUCCAUAUCAAUUUCAUUUUCCUUUGGGUGAACCCGUAACCAUCUACUUUGACUGUAACUCGGCGUGCCUUGUUAACAUUUUGUUAAUCUACUUCAACUCUAUCAUCUACUUUCAACUUGGAUUGACGUUCCUUGUUGCUGUUAAUGAAUCUGUUUCAAUAUCAUAUUGAAUCUUCUUUUAAACUUGAUUUCGAACUGUAACUUACUAAUGUUUGGUAAUGCCCUGCCUUUACUUGACUGUAACUAAAGUUAGCUCUUCAAAUAUUGAGCAGUGAUUAAUAUUUUCUUGGAAGAUCUUUCAAUGUUUCCAAAUGAACUGGGAGUUAUCCAUGUGCUGUAACCAAUCGUCUUAUCCAUACAAGUGUUGGAAAUCUUCAUCAAUUCAUCACGGACAGUAUAACCAUACUUCAAGCAAGCCUACCUUGACUAUUUCCUGGAACCAACUUGAACACCACUAUCAUGUUGAAACCCUAGGUAACUGCAUAUUUUUACCAUCUUUGUAUUUGCUAAUUACCUUUAUCUUCCUAUCCCUUAAAUAAGGUUAGGGUUGAGUUUAUUUUUACUUGGAUCUAUUUACUUAGGCUAUUUUUGAUUUUUGUUGCUUCAUCAUAGGUCAGAUUUUUGUAUGAAACAAGAAUAACUUGACAACCUAUUGUAAUUUUUUCAAUCAUGAAUGUUGUCAGAACAUAAUCUUUUCUUGUUCAUGAUGCAACUUACUAUUGCAGAAUCACUUAAUAUUAAAAUAUUGGUUACUUGGUAAAAUAUUGUACAUCACUUGCUUAGGCUAGUUAUUUGAUCAUCACAAUUUAUUGACUUAGGAUUUUAAGACAAACAAGCAAUUUUUAUUGCAUCAAAUAUAUUUUGUUCAAUUACAAUAUUUUGUAAUCUACAAAUUCUAUAAAUAUUAAAUUCACAUUUUUAAUUCAAUUUCAGUAUUUUUCAAGCUCAUUAUUAUUGUAAUCUUAUGAUUAGUAUUCAAGUUCUUUGUAAGUGUGAAUUACCAUAGAUUCAGUGUAUCUUAACUGAAUUGUCCUUACUAAACUUCGAUGUUUAUCACUUAUAAAUUUUCCAUAUUAAACCUCAAUGGUUAUUGAUUUUGAACUGCUUCUAAUGAUUCUUGAUGUUUAUCAGCUAUCUUGAUUGUCUGUUUCUCCAUUUAAAUUUUUAUGUUUGCUGAACUUGACAAUUUGUUAUCAACUUUAAUUUUGUAUGACUAUUGAGCUACUUGUAUUCACUAUCAAAAAUUAUUGUUCUGCCAUUUCUAUUUCAAUACAUUUAUAUAUUGCUCA